AGCGGCUGUGGGGCUCGGGGCGCCCAGGGGGCGAUGGUGGUGCCGGGGCUGGAGCUGCCCGCGCAGGCCGUGGCCGGGAUGGUGGCCGACGUGGUGUUCGUCAUCGAGGGCACGGCCAACCUGGGGCCCUACUUCGAGUCGCUGCGCAAGCAUUACCUGCUGCCCGCCAUCGAGUACUUCAACGGCGGCCCCCCAGCUGAGACAGACUUCGGGGGAGACUAUGGGGGCACCCAGUACAGCCUGGUGGUGUUCAACACGGUGGACUGCGCCCCGGAGUCUUAUGUGCAGUGUCACGCCCCCACCAGCAGCGCCUACGAGUUCGUUACCUGGCUGGACGGCAUCCAGUUUGUGGGGGGCGGUGGUGAGAGCUGCAGCCUCAUCGCCGAGGGACUCAGCACGGCCCUGCAGCUCUUCGAUGACUUCAAGAAGAUGAGGGAACAGAUAGGCCAGACCCACAAGGUCUGCAUCCUGAUCUGCAACUCGCCUCCCUACCUGCUGCCGGCCGUGGAGAGCACCACCUACUCUGGCUACACCACCGAGAACCUGGUGCAGAAGAUCGGAGAGCGAGGGAUCCACUUCUCCGUCGUGUCCCCCCGCAAGCUGCCGGCGCUCCGGGUGCUCUUUGACAAGGCCACGCCCGGUGGGAUGCUGGAGGCCCAGCCCAAAGACUUCAGCCAGGAUCCUCGGCACAUGAUCCUCAUCCGCGGCAUGGUGCUGCCGGGUGGCAGUGCAGCCUCUGGUGCCAUCCAGCCCAAGCAGGUGGUACCCCAACCGCAGCUCCCCACCGCGCCCCCGCAGCACCCGCCGGCCCCACAGCAGCCCCUGCUGCCCGCCUCCCAGCCCUACCAGGUACGUCCCCCCCCGGGGGGGGUCCCAGCCCUGCCUCCCAGCCCUACCGGGUACGUCCCCCCCAGGGGGAUCCCAGCCCUCCCUCCCAGCCCUACUGGGUACGUCCCCCCCGGGGGGAGUCCCAGCCCUGCCUCCCAGCCCUACCAGGUACAUCCCCCCCGGGGGGGUCCCAGCCCUGCCUCCCAGCCCUACCAGCCCAGCUCCCUCAACGCCGCCCAGGCCGCAGCGCAGUCUGCCGUGGAGGCCGCCAAGAACCAAAAAGCCAGCAUAGCCUCACGCUUCACCCCACUGAACGCCUUGCAGACGCCCUUCAGCCAGGCACCCGCGCAGCCGCUCCCCUCCGGCUCUGUCCCAGCCAUGGCCCCCAAGCUGCCGCCCUCCUCCCAACCCAGCCUGGUGUCCACCGUCACCACUGGCUCCAGCCUGCUGACCCAGCCGCCCGGCCAGCCCCCACCACAGCCCGGGGCCCCAGCCAUGCCUAGCAGCGUGGCCCCUAGUGGUGUGAGCGUGACCCCCCCGGCGGCCCCCCAGCUGGGGGCGGCCCAGCUGUCCGGAGCCCAGCAGUCGGUCACCAACAAGGUGCUGGCCUGGAACGGGGUGCUGGAGUGGCAGGAGAAGCCAAAACCAGCCUCGGUGGACUCCAGCACCAAACUGACCCGGUCGCUGCCCUGCCAGGUGUACGUCAACCCUGGGGAGAACCUGAAAACGGAUCAGUGGCCCCAGAAGUUGAUCAUGCAGCUCAUCCCGCAGCAGUUGUUGACCACGCUGGGCCCCCUGUUCCGCAAUUCCCGUAUGGUGCAAUUCCACUUCACCAACAAGGACCUGGAGUCGCUCAAGGGGCUUUACCGCAUCAUGGGCAACGGCUUCGCGGGCUGCGUGCACUUCCCCCACACGGCGCCCUGCGAGGUCCGGGUGCUGAUGCUGCUCUACUCGUCCAAGAAGAAAAUCUUCAUGGGGCUGAUUCCCUACGACCAGAGCGGCUUCGUCAACGGCAUCCGGCAGGUCAUCACCAACCACAAGCAGGUGCAGCAGCAGAAGAUCGAGCAGCAGCGCAGCAUGGCCGGCCAGCAGGUGAGCCCCGCCAUGGCCCCAGGCCCCGUCCUGGACGACCAGCAGCGGCAGCAAAGUCUGUUGCAGCUCCGGGUGCAGCAGCAGCAGGCAGCCCCAGCUGCCCCCCAGGCCCCCCCGGCCCCUGGCCCCCCCCAGGCUGGGCCUCAGGCCACACAGGGGGGGGCCCUGCUGCGACCCCAGAACCCCGGCGCCAACCCCCAGCUCCGCAGCCUCCUGCUCAGCCAGCAGCCGCCCCAGCCUGGUGUCCCGCAGACCCAGCAGCCUUUGCACCACCUGCAGCAGGCGUCCCAGGGGCUGCUGCCCCAUCAGGCCAUGGGGCAGGCUAUGGGGCAGCAGCCGCUGCAGCUCCCUGGCCAGCCACUCAUGCACCAGGCACCUGGGCAGCAAUGGCCAGGCCAGAUGGCCCCACGGGCCCCACUGCCAGGUCAGAUGCUGAUGCCCCCAGGGCCCCGGGGCCCAGGCCCCCAGCCCGGCCUGCAGCAGGUGCAGCCGCCCAGUGUCAUGGAAGACGACAUCCUCAUGGACCUGAUCUGAGAGCAGCGCCCCCCAUGUGUGUGUGGGGGUGUCUGCACCUGUCAAUAAACCUCCUGCCCCCCCU